AUGACGAUGGGCGAGCCGGGUCAGAAUGCGGUCCGGACCGACAGCCUAGAGGAGUGCCAGAAGAUCCUGGACCAGUUCUAUAAGCACGGUGGGAGGGAGCUGGAUACCGCGCGUGUAUAUGCGGGUGGGACAACCGAGAAGUAUCUGGCAGAGCUCAACCUACGCGAUAGCACCAUCGACACCAAGUGCGCACCCCGUUGGCAUCCGGACGGGCACAAGCCCAACGCUGUCCGCGAGAGCUUGCUCACGUCGCUCAAGACGCUCAAGAGGGAGAAAGUGCAGGUGUUCUACUUGCAUGCGCCGGACCACAAGUUCCCAUACGAGAAGACGGUUGAGGAGGUCAACAAGUUGUACAAGGAGGGUCAUUUCGAGAUCUUCGGUCUCUCGAACUACGCCGCCUGGGAGGUAGCCGAAAUCUGGAACAUCUGCAACGAGCGCGGUUGGGUCAAGCCCCGUAUCUACCAGGGGAUGUACAACGCCAUCGCCCGUGCGCUGGAGCCUGAAAUCGCUCCCUGUCUGCGCAAGUACGACAUCCGGCUGGUGGUGUACAACCCCCUUGCUGGUGGCCUGCUCGCGGGAAAGAUCCUGAGCUUGCAGAACGACCUCCCGGUCGGCCGGUUCAAGGGCGAAAGUGCGAGCGCGGUCAUGUACCGUGCCCGCUACCUCAAGGAAGCGUACGUAACUGCAUGCAAUACUAUCAAGGCUGCUUGCGACAAGCACGGCUUGACUAUGACCGAGGUGGCCCUGCGCUGGUGCCAGCACCACAGUGUCCUCAUCCCGACCGACGGGGUGAUUUUUGGCGGUACGAGCGUAGCUCAGGUCGAGGCAAACUGCCUCGAUAGUGAGAAGGGCCCCCUCCCAGCGGACGUCCUCCAAGCUCUGGAUGAUGCGUACUUCGCCAUCGGACACAACGAGCCCACUUACGCUCGCUGA